UUCACUGUACCGGCAGAUUGACAAACAUUCGCGACUUGAACUCAAACUCUAUGGAGGUUGAUGACGAAGAACGUGAGAAAGAUGAUGAUUUCAUUGAACACGACACAGGUGCUUCUUUAGUACUUGUGGGUAGUCCCAUACCUCAUCCGAGUAACAUCGAAAUACCUCUGGGACGCCAUACCUUCUUAUCGAAGCACAGUCUCAGUAUGAAAUUCACAUAUGCUGACGAGAAACUGGCCGAAUAUCUGGGCUGGGACAGUGAAGAACUGGUGGGUCAAUCGGUCUUCGAGUUUCAUCACGCGCUCGACAAUCUGGCACUAGACAAGUGCUUCAAGUGUCGUAAGUAUCUUUUCCUAAAACUUCUCGUCUUUAUGAUGAUUGUCGAGGUUUCUUUAAUUUAUAUUACAUUUAAUUUGAUUAUACACGAAAAUAAUAUACGGAAGACAAAAAUGUAAUUUCGCGAUAACUAUCGAGGCGCGGAAUAGUACCUAAAAAUAAGACGAAGUGCAGCCGCGCCAAGUUUUUGUACAUUAAAUAUUUUUUA